AUGGUUGUUAAGUAUAACAACAGCGAGAAUCGGGUGGCAAGGGAGGACGGAGUCCUGUGGUCUGAUUCUUCAGUGACGUUGGUAACCAAAUCUUCCUCUGAAGUGACUGAAUUUAUUUCAAAGCUAUCUCAGCUGUAUCCAGAAGAAAACUUGGAAAAAUUCAUUCCUUGCCUAGCUGGUCCGGAUUCGUUUUACCUAGAACGGAACCACAUGGACCUGGAAUCGGACCUUAGGUAUUUGGCACCGUUACCUUCCCACGUGGUGAAAAACGACCACGUUCGAAAGUUCUUCAGCGCUUCAUCUCCUUCACAGCAACUUCAGAGCUCAAGUCCUGGCAACCCCUCCCUUUACAAAGUAGGAACUACGCUGGGAACAUCUGGAAGGCCUAUCUGUGGCGUGGCCGGCAUUCAGGCUUCUCAGAACCACGUUCAGCACUCGGCCGCGCUGCCCCACUGCUCCCACGCCGGAGGUGCCGGCUCGCCGCUGGCUUACCGUGCCCAGAUGGACUCCUCCGCUUCGCCCAUGCUGAUGUCUUCCAGUGCCCAGACCCCUCAGACACAGGAGCAAAACGGCAUCUUGGACUGGCUCAGGAAGCUGCGGUUGCACAAAUAUUACCCCGUCUUCAAACAGCUCACGAUGGAGAAGUUUCUGAGUCUCACUGAGGAAGAUCUGAACAAGUUUGAAUCCCUCACCAUGGGAGCAAAGAAGAAGCUUAAGACUCAGCUAGAGCUGGAAAAAGAAAAAUCGGAGAAACGGUGCCUAAACCCCGCAACACCUUCUUCAGUUACGAGCAGCGGUGUGGCGAGGGUUCCCCCUACGACGCACGUGGGGCCUAUCCAGAGUAUCCGUGGCAACCACGCCGCAGAGCUGCGAGUGGAUGUGGAUCAGCCAGCCCACCCCCUGCCCCGGGAGGGCAGCUCCUCCGAGUACUCCAGCUCUUCUUCCAGCCCCAUGGGGAUCCAGACGAGGGAAGAGAGCUCGGACAGCGCCGAGGAGAACGAGAGACGUAAGCAGAACCAACCCGAGAGGGUGCCCGCGUCACCCAGCUUUGUCUGA